UAAAAACUGAAUAGUCCUGAAGGUAGAGAGUGAAUCAUCUAAGAAUUCAAUAAGCGACACCAUUGCAGUUGCCUCAGCCAUGGCAACGGAAAUGGACGUUCAGACACCUUCGGGUGCAGGAGGCGAGCAUGAGGUCGACCUCGGUAACCUUGUCGUCGUGCACGCUCGCAAUCCUGUUCGACUUUCUGGCUGUACCACCUUGAUAUUGUGAGUGUGUGUAUGUCUAUCACUACAUAUGUGUGAAUUUCCCUUGAUUCUUGUGUGAUGCCUCGAGUAAUAUUUGGCUGUUGAGCCAGAGAUUGACAAAGACUAGACUAUGGAGGACAAAGAUGCAGAGUGUGAGGAACUGGGACGGGAGCUUGUCCAAGUUCUUGUUGAUCAGCUCUUCAAUAUGCCAUUGACUCUUGAUAAGACGGGGCGGUUGGUGAAGCUGCCGAAACCUACUCUCCAACUCCCUAGAGAGAAGCCGAAGCGAAAGCGGAGUAAGUUGGAGUACGAUGAAGGUCAAGAUGAAUGGAGGUGAAGACAUGGAUACAAACGUGUCAACGAUGACAAUGAUAUUCUUGUUAUUGAAGCUAAAGCAGGAGAAGAAUUCGGAGAGGAUCCGUUUGCAAACUUAAAAACAAGUAAGAAAGAACGAGUAGCGAGACAAGAGAAAAAUCAGCUAGAGAAGGGCGCUAAACAAGGAAGCAAGGGUGCACUUCCUAGCACUCUGCAGCUAGCUGCUACCUCGUUAGCCAUAACAGGGAGUAAACAACUAGGCCAACGUCUUAGCAGGAACGAUCUUGGCGAUGUUGCUGGACUUACGAGUACAGCUACUGCAAGCAUCGGCAUGUUUGACAAAAAGCUGCCGGGAGAGAAGCCCUCAAAGAAACUUGGCAAACACCGCAAGUUUUUGCUAGUGGUUGAUGGAGAAGUCAAAGAAAAAAGUGCUUAUUACUAACGUGACGAAGAAAGUAUUAGCCGAAAAUGAUUUCAGUGGUCUUGAUGUUAACAAGGCUGUAAGAGUCCAUAAUGUGGAGGAGAGCGGGCAAACUGGAGAAGAGUUCAUUUGGGAAAAAAGGUGGCAAGUCUGGAGGGCAGAAGGGUUCGAAUAGAUGAUUUUCCAAACGUCUUCCCUCGCAGUUACUCGAUUUUGAUGUGUAGCUGCUCACAAACAAUGUUUACUUUACAACCUUUUUUUUACUAGUUAUUCUAGGUGUAGCAAGUUUGGUAGUUUCCUCAUCAGUAAGGCACCGAAAUGGUUUUGAGAGUUUGAAUGUAAAGAAAUGUACUAACUUACACAAACAUUAAAAUGGCCGUUACCUCGUCUCUGCUCACAUCCCAA